GCGGGGGUCGGCAGUCCCGGCGCGCUGCCGCCGCGUGGAGCCGCGCUGCGUGUUCCCGAUCCCUGAUCCCAUAUCCCUGAUCCCAUAUCCCCGAUCCCAGAGCCCCGAUCCCGGCUCCCUCCGCCGCCCCGAGCCGUGCCCCCGCUGCGGGCCGGCGGCGCGGGGAUGGGCGCGGGGCUGUGAGCGCGGCCGGGAGCCGUGGCCAUGGGGAACAUCUCCUCCAACAUCUCCGCCUUCCAGUCCCUGCACAUCGUCAUGCUGGGCCUGGAUUCGGCGGGCAAGACCACGGUGCUCUACCGCCUCAAGUUCAACGAGUUCGUCAACACCGUGCCCACCAUCGGCUUCAACACCGAGAAGAUCCGGCUCAGCAACGGGACGGCCAAGGGCAUCAGCUGCCACUUCUGGGACGUGGGCGGCCAGGAGAAGCUGCGCCCGCUCUGGAAGUCCUACAGCCGCUGCACCGAUGGCAUCAUCUACGUGGUGGACUCAGUGGACGUGGACCGGCUGGAGGAAGCCAAAACGGAGCUGCACAAGGUGACCAAGUUCGCGGAGAACCAGGGCACCCCGCUGCUGGUCAUCGCCAACAAGCAGGACCUGCCCAAAUCGCUGCCAGUGGCCGAGAUCGAGAAGCAGCUGGCCCUCCACGAGCUGACCCCUUCCACCACCUACCACAUCCAGCCCGCCUGCGCCAUCAUCGGCGAGGGGCUGACGGAGGGCAUGGACAAGCUCUACGAGAUGAUCCUCAAGCGCAGGAAGUCCCUCAAGCAGAAGAAGAAGCGGACAGACAAUAGUGGUGAUAACAAAGCGGCUCCCGCCAGCCGAGCCCAGAUCCCGGAGCUCCCCUCUCCCACCACCCCGUGCUCCUGAGGGUCUGAUCCGGACUCCUUUGGGCUGGAAACAUGGAAAAAUGGGAUGAAUCCCCCCUCUCCAUCCUCCGGGACCACCGAGCCUUUGUGUGCUGGGGAACCAGCAGGGCAGGACCUUGUUGGAGUGCGUUCGAGCGGAGCCCAGCGUGCUUUUGGAUCUUUAACGUGGGCAUUUGGGGGCAUCUGGCGUAUCGAUGCCAGCCCCCCACAUGCAUUUUGGGGCGGGGGGGGGUCGAUGCUGCGGAGGGUGGGGAUGCACCGUGGCUCGGCAAGGUCAGCGGGGAGGGGGCUUUCCUGCAUCCCCGCAUCCCUGGAUCCCUCCCCCGCGGGCGGCGGUGGGAAGGGGUGUUGAAAGCUUGGAGGGGGGGUUGGACCAGCAGAAAAUGUCUUGGAGGGGUGGGUGUGAUGGGUAAGGGGACAUCCACCCACCCUUGGUGUUUUAGGGUGCAGAGCAAGGACAGGCAGCCUUUGGGUUGGGGGGGAGGAUGCGACACUGGGGUGCUGAGCAGCUGCUGAGUGGUGCAGAGCUUUAAGCUCUUGGCUCAAAAAAAAGGGUGAAAAAAGGAAAAAAAAAACCCAGGAGUUUGGGGUGAACACUGCUGGAAGCGUUGGGGGUUUGUGCAGGACCCCCGUUUCUCAAAGGCUGGGUGCUGUCACCUCCUGCAGCAAAGCCAAGCCCCCCGCAGGUGUGCAUUGGUCCCGUGCACAGGGUGCUCCCAGGUGAGGCUUUGGAGGUGAUCCAAACUAGGAGUCGCUUAAUAAAACCCCCAAAAAGGCAGAGUUUGGGGUUCUGGCCGCUGUGCUGCUCUGCAGUGGGGCAGGAGGCCAAGUCGGGGGGAAGGGGGGGGGCGGGUCGUGGUAGGGCAGGACGGAUGGAUGGACGGACAGACAGAUAUGGCCAGAGUCUGCAGAAAAAUCUCUGCUGGAAAGGGAAGAUGGCAGGGGGGGAAGAGACACGGAGGGGUUGUGGUAGGUUUUUAAUAAAUAUUUAAACCUGAUUAAAAGCCCCUCACUUCCCCCAGUAGCCACCUGGGCAAGCUCUGCCUGCAGAGCAGCCUGAGCGCCCGGGCAGGGUCGAGCCUGGCCACCUCCUCCUGCAGGGGAACAUUUUGGUACCUGCAUGGGGCUGGGGACCAAAAUCCACUUGCUGUCUGUGUUUCAGCCUGGGAUCCGGCUCUCCGGGGUCCUGGCUUCCCACAGAGCUGAAGCAGGCAGCCCUCAGGGGCCAAAUAUCCUGAAUUUGGAGGCAGGCAGGCAGGAUUUUCUGGUGAUUUUACACCAGCUUUUCCAUUUGCAAACCCCUUCCCUGAGCAGCCAAGGGGAAAGCACCAAGCAGACAAAAGCAAAAUGCCCUUCGGGUUUUCGGGGAGUUGAUCCUCCCCUUGCAGUGACGAGCACCUUCCACACAGCAUUUUUUGGGGGCGGGGGAGGGGGGUUUGUUAGGGGAACAAAUGUUGCAGCCGAGUUGUUUCUUCUCUUGCGGGGUUUGAGUUCCCGAUUUGUGUGGGCUGGUCCCAUCCAUUCAGGUGGCUCUUCCCGCUUCCUCGGGUUUCCCUGCUUUGUCUUCACCUCCAGCACUUCGGUACUUGCAGUCAAAAGAGAGAAAGAGAGAGAGAGAAGAAUUAUUUAUUUUUUGAUGCCACAGAAGCCACAUGUAUUAACCCUUUAUUGGGGAGAGCGACCUGUUUGAAAUGUAAAAGCUGUGCUGACCCCAGCAGCUCCAGAGGGAUCAGGUUUUAGGAGUGACACGUGCAGGUUGUUAGUGGUGGGUUUUUUUACCUCCUGGCUGAUCAAUGCUAAAGGAAAGGCUGCUUUUACAGAGCUGGGUCCGUCCUGGGAGCUUGUUCCACCCAGCUGAGCAGCCCCUUGGAGAGAUGGCAGAGCACUGGAAGGUUCGGCUGAGCCAGGUGGGACGCUGAGCCCGUGCCCUUGCCAGCCACUCUGCUUUCUGCAAUAAUUAAAAAAGACUUUUCCAACGAGUAGCUCCUGGCUUCCAUGGUGUUUCCAUAACGUUCCUCCACCAUCCCGUUUCCCCCCCACCCUGUGUGAAGACGAGCGUCACCCUCGGUGGGCUGCAAGAAGAGGGGCUUCAGCAGAGCAGCUCCCAAAGGGAACUGUCUGGGCUCUUUGCAAGGUUGUGCAUCUUCUCAGAUUAUGAAUGACCUGGGGGCAUUUUUUUGGCAGGUCUCAUUCCCCCAGGUCCGUUUGCCGUGUUCCCAUCCGCGAUAUCCCGUGUCCUGCCCUCGCCAUUGUCCGUCAGUCUCUGUUCCUCCCGUCUCCUUUUUUUCUUUUUCUGGUUUUUGUUUUUUUUAAGGUGCAGACAUAAUGCUGUGAACUGAAAUAAAUUAUUUAUACAAUGAAAGGGCCUGAUAAAAAAAAAAAAAAAACAACAACCAAACCCCAGUGUUCUGCUCAUUUCUCAAUAUCAGCACUGCAUUUUGUGCGAUUUGAAGGAGGUUCCUGCUGCCUCCCCAAGGAGAGGAGAAAAGGGGACAGAGAAGUGACCUGCCGAGGAUCCAGUGUCACGGGUCUGUCACGUGGCAGCCCACUAGGACAUGGGGGACAUCCAUAAUUUGCUGGUUAAUGAAAUCUGAGCUCUUUUGCAGGUCACUUAAUGUCUCUGCAUCUCUGCUGCUGUCUGUGAGUAAGGUGGAUUCUUUUUGGUGGGGAGGGUUUUGUUCCACCACCUCCUCUGAUUUUAAAUCCAUGUUAUGGGGGGCGAUCACACACGGAGAAAGUUUCCAUUUUUGCUCAGCGUGGCUUUUUUUAAAUGGGUGGCCUCGGGCAAGCGGUGUUGGUGGCAGAGAGCCAGGUCUGCAGGGGUUAAAACACCACUGGGGAACAGGAUGCUGCAGACUGAGCUCGAGGCUGCCUCUGCUCCUGGGUGGCUGCUGACACAGGAAACCCAGAGUGACAUUUCGGAGGGGAGCGGUGGAACUGGGUGGCAAACGACUUUUUCUUUCUUUUGUUGUUUUUUGUUUUUUUAAAACGAUGAUGAGGCAGCUAUAGGGGAAGUGAUGAGCCUGACUUGUGAAAGUGAGACUUGAAAGGGCUUGGGGUGUUCUCACCCUGCCCAAGGUUUGUGGGGUGUGCAGUGCCUGGGUGAGGGGAUGUGGUGUCUGCUCUGCAGGAUCAGGGAUGAGGGGGCUCUGAGGGGUGACAGGACCCCAGGGAGCGGCUGGAGCUGUGUCAGGCAGAGUCAGGCUGGAGAUCAGGGAAAGGUUCUUCCCCCAGAGGGUGCUGGGCACUGCCCAGGCUCUCCAGGGAAUGGGCACGGCCCCGAGGCUGCCACAGCCCAAGGGGCAUUUGGACGGUGCUCCCAGGGAUGCCCAGGGUGGGAUUGCUGGAGUGUCUGUGCAGGGCCGGUGGUGUUGGACUGGAUCCUUGUGGAUCCGUUCCAGCUCAGGAGAUUCCAUGGUUCUUUGAACUUAAAGGCUUAUCCAGCACUGCAGCUGCUGAGCUGCUAUCAAGGCUCAGAAAUCCCUUUGAGCUGAGCUGGACUGUGGCAUUCCAGGAUUGAGUUGUGGAUUGCUGACCCUGCGCAGAGCCUCUGGAAGGUGCAGUUCCCCACGGGCUCCUUCCUCACACAGAGCAUCACUGACGGGCUCCUGUCCCUCUGCCACGUGGUCCCAUGCUCCUGGAGAUGCCUCUGACCAUCCUCUGGCCCACUGUCCAUGGGACACCGUGUGCUCCUCCUGGUUUCAUGGAUCUGAAAGCCCAUCAGUGGAUGCUGCAGUGCCUGCACGUUCCUUGGCCUGAAGGGACUUGUCCUCACCGAUCCCACCUGGCAGAAGCUGAUUGCUGGGGGUUUUACAGCUGGCCUGGAUGUGUGGACUCUGACAUUGUGUCCUUGGGCUUGUCUGUGUGCCAGGGGAGCUGGACUUUGGUCCCUUGGGCACCACAUGGAGCUGGGGGUGGCUUUCCUCCUGGUUUAAAGGGGGAGCCAUCCCUUCCCCUGUGAUGGGGAAGCUGCCGGGGUUCGGGCUGUGGCUUUGAGAGGCUGUGACCGAGUGUGUGUGACUCUGCAGCUGGAUCUGCCCCCUCCCACAGCGCCGUGGAGGGGUCGAGCUGGGAUUUCUCCCAGCGCUUGCGGGAAGGGGCGGGAGGGGCUGUGCCCUGUGGCCAGCGGAGCUCCUUGUGCUUCCAGCGGCAAGGACGGACAUCCUCCUCGCAGCAGCCUGUCCUGCUGGCCGGAUUGCUUCUGUCAGCAGCGGGGAGGCGGCGUUUGGGCUGGUUGUCAUGAGAACAUCGCACAAGGGGCUGCUGACCUUGCUGGCCCUGAUGGAUGGGGCUGUGCCACCUCCCCGAACAGCGAGGGACAGUCCCCGGCGUGAUGUCUGGGAACCCUGGUGGAACAGGGGCCCCAAGGAUGCUGCCCCUGCACGGGGCUGGCCGGGAGCAGAAACAGCGAGGGAGCAGCUGGGUUGUGGGCUGCAUCAUCUGAGGAGGACCUGGAGCAUUCCAAGAGGAUGGAUCGGGGCUGGGAGCAGCGGGAGGUGGGGACAGGGCAGGAAUAAGCAGAGAUGAGCUACCAGUGUAGUGGCUCUGCUGGUCCCUGACAGACCCCCUCUCUCUGAAGCCACCAGGAAAGGCUGCUGAGUGAUCUCCAAGCAUUCCCAUGGACAAGGGAGCCUCGCUAGCUUGCUGUAUCCCACUUUUCCAUGCACUCAGCUUUCUGACAUCUCCACCACAGGAGCCCCUCUGCUGCAGGUUCUGCCCUGCCUCAUGCUGUAUCAGCCACACAGGUCCUUCUGCCUCUCUUCCCUGGCUUUGCCUCGUUAAGCUAAAUCCCUCUGCUUUAUUUCAAAUGGGAUUUGCUUCCCAAGCAAGAAUCUUUAAAAGGAUCAUCCUGGUUAAUGCAAUCCGGAGGGCACUGGAUGCUUGGAGUGCGGUGUAGUGCACUGGCAGCUAUUGCACAGCACCAGGUGCUUCUGGCCAAAUUUUGGGAUGGGCUGAGGAUGGCCAUCGCUUUAUAACAGGCUAGAAACCGCUACCAGAAGAAAGAAAAAAUCCCACAGAGAUUCAAAUGUUGUUUGCUUUGUUUCAGGCAACACCAUCCUGGAACUUCUUCAAUGGGAAUUGUCCCCAAAUGAGCAGAACUUUUUGUGUGAGCAGCAAAAGGCCGCUGCUGUGAGUUACUUUAAGCACUUUGCACACACAUCAUGCAAAAAAAGCCUCGUGCCAGCCUGGCAGAGCAAAAUUGAGACAUUGUAGCACGAGGAUGUUUGAAUAUGGAGAGCUCAGCCUGAGAAUAUUUGCUCUAAUAAACCAUUUUGUGUAUUUCA